AUGGCUGGAAGGUGGCGCAGAGGGAAAGACGCUUUGCAGGAGGAGCUGCCAGAACAGGUCUUUCCGCUGGCGCAGGCUGCAGAGGUGCAAGACCAGAAGCCAUGCGAGAGGCAUGCAGGACCCGUCGAGGACACCGACAAGACCAAACCGGAGGUCCAGGAGUCGCUUGCACAGCCCGCCCACUCUGGUCCCAGCACCAGCAGCGUCGGCGAGAGCCGGUGGCGACGAAAUGCUGCCUCGGCUGAGGCCGAAACCAGGAGGCUCACCCCGAGCUCCUUCGUCCUCUUGCGCUCUGGUCUCCGCGUGCCCGUCCUUGGCCUCGGCACGCGGCAGCUGAAGGGCGCAGAGUGCCGAGAGGCGGUGCGAAUGGCACUGCGCUCCGGCUACCGGCUUAUCGACACAGCGCCAGGCUUUGGCAACGAGGAGGAGAUUGCCAAUGGAAUUCGCGCCGCGGGUCUUCGGCGGGAGGAUGUCUUCCUCGUGACGAAGCUGUCGCCGGCCGAGCACGGCGACGCCGAGGAAGUUGAGGAGGCGCUGCACGCAGCCCUCCAGCGCCUAGGGACUGGCUACAUCGACCUCUUUCUCAUUCAGAGCCCUCAAGGAGGAAGUGUCAUCUGGACCUGGGAUGCUGUUCUUGCCGUGAGGGACAGGGGCUUGGCGCGAGCAGUCGGCGUUUGUAAUUUCUCUGCGGCCCACCUGGCAGGGCUUGCCGCAACGGGGCGAGAGCUGCCAGAGGUGCUGCAGGUGGAGCUACACCUGGCUCAGCAGCAGCAGGAGCUCACAGCCCACUGCGCCCGCAACGGCAUCGCCGUCAUGGCCGCCUCUCCCCUUGCACGUGGCCAGCUUUGCCGCUCAUCCCACGGCAGCUUUCCAGAUGCAUGGCGAAGCCUAGCAGGCAUGGCAGCCAAGAAAGGCAGGAACCAGGCGGAGAUCGCGGUGCGCUGGUGCCUUCAGAAAGGCUACGUUGCUCUUCCGAAGAGCAAGUCCCAGGGCCACCUGGAGGCCAAUGCGGCCUUUGGCUUCGAUCUCACCUCUGCGGCAGUUGGUAUCGACCCCCUUGCGAAAACCAUUCACUUCUUUGUCUUCGCGUUCAAGUGGCUGUUGGUGAUCAACAAGGACAUCGACCUGUCCAACAGCCAAGGAAAUUCGAUAGAGGAUUUUUCCUUCUUUGAGAGCACCGAGCAGGAAACUGGCAAAGCUCUCCCCCUCUACCUGGACCCCGCCGAGUUCUCCGAUUACCUUCGCGGCGACUACUUCUACGAGAUCCUCGGCGACGAGCUGGGCAGUGGGAGCGAGACUGAGAUGGCGAGAUGUUCCGCCUGGCUGGGCAACAUGAGCGACUACCCGCUGAGGCUUUACUUUGAGCGCUUGAAGCUGUGGUAUCGGAUCUACGAAGGAGAUGACACGAUGGUUGGGCCCUUGGUAGCUGGAAGGCUACAAGGGAAAGCCCAGAGACUGGGCAUGCAGCUCAGGCUUCCAAGGCCAGAUGGAGGCGUCGACGGUGGAAGUGACGCCCUGGUCCGUCUGAGUGUGGACGAGGUCAGGGAUCCGAGCAACCCCAACGUCGUGAUCCAGCACGCCAUCCCGAGCGGCAUCCAGGCACUGUGCAACAGCGUCAAAGAUGCUUUUGGAGUUUCAGAUCAGGAGAUGGUCAGCCAGAGUAUCGAAGCAUUCUUCGAGUUCAAGCGAGGGAAGCUGUCCUUCCAGGAGUACGCGAUCGAGUUCGACAUACGAUUGGAGGAAGCAGUCUCACGAGCCGGGCUGGACUUGAACGAUGUGGCGAAGUUCUACCUGUUCUUCCGGGGCAGCGGCUUACCGUAUAAGUUCGUGGAGGACAUCAAGCUGCAGCUCCAAGGAGACCUUCGCAGGUAUCAAGAAGCCCGAGCUCUGGCGCUACGUUUGAUCACCAAGAAGGAUGACUCCGGGGAGAACUACUUCGAGGACACCGAGCCUGGUCCGCCUGGGGAAGAAGCCUGGGACUCUCCGUCUUGGAUCGACGAAGGAUGGUCUUGGAUUGAGGAGACCAGUCCCAGCCACCGGGCGGAAUAUUGGCAGGAAUCCAGCUACUACGACGAGCCCUACUACGACGGCAUCUACUACGACGAGGACUACGAGUACUACGAGAACGAGGGCUGGAAUGAAUCGUGGGAGGAGCCUGCCAAUGAAGAACCGGACGCAGCCACGUCGGCCGAGCAGACAGAAACCAGCGAGAGCUACCCCCUCAAGGGCAAGAACAAAAGGCCUGGCUGCUCCGCUUGUGGUUCGCGAUGGCAUUCCUCAGGCUCCUGUCCGGUGGCAUCGAACUCCAGCUAUGGUGGAGGAAAAGGAAAGGGCAAGCCCAAGGGCUACGGCAGCCCGGGCGGAUGGAAAGGCAAGUCCAAGAAAGGAUUUGGCAAAGGCAAAGGAAAAGGAAAGUGGAUGAACAAGGGCAAAGGAAGCAAAGGCCGAGGAAAGGGUUACCACGGCUAUGUGAGCGAGAAGACCCUUGUCGGCAGCUUUGGCGAGAGCAGAGGCCUGGCGACACCGCCGAAGGCCAAGGUGGUUCACUCCAAGCUUGACCACGAUGACUCCCCAGUGCUUCCCCUGGGUGCCAGGACCAAGGCUGCUGAAGCGACCACCGGUGAAAAAGCAGAAGCUGCAGCCGCCACUUCCUCCUUGCCGAAAACGCUGGACUUCACUUUUGCAACCGGCGUCUACAGCGACUCCCUGAGCUACCACACCAUCCUUGGGGAGAAGCGCUGGGGACUACUUGUCGAUCCGGGUGCGGCAAGUGGCUUGGUCGGAAGCGAAACGCUCAGAGACCUGAUGGAACACUGCCUACCUGGAGACCAGGCGCGAACAGUCCAAUUGCGGCACGAUCGCACCAGCGUCAGCGGCAUCAAUGGAACGCCAGAGCAAACCUUGGGAGAAGUUUCUCUUCCCCUUCGGAUGCUGGACAUGAACGGAACCUUCUCGGCGGAGGUCAUUGGCGGAGAGGGCUCACUCUGCCCUGCUCUGUUGAGCAAUCCGGCCCUUCGCAAACAGUCGGCAGCCAUCCUCACAAACCACUUUGAGAAUGGCGACGGAGUGUUGAUUCUGCGGGAUGGUCGGGAUAAUUGGAAGUACCUCCACAUCCUUCUCGCGGACUCUGGCCACUAA